AUGAAUUUGAAAAUUGGUUAAUAUUUGAAUUAAAGAGUAAAAAGGUCUGUAGACUGUGGUAGAAGCCGAAGGAAGAGAGCAAAUUUGGAGGGAAAAUGGAGUUGCUGAAACUCUCCAGACUCAAGCUCCAACUUCGUGCCCUAAUCUCCGAGGUCAAAGAUCUUCGAGAAAGAGAAAAAUCUGCUACAGAACAACUCCACCUUUCAACCCAGAAGCAGAAGCAAUCAGAAGAAGAAUUUGGGAGGAAAUUGAAGGAAUUGGAAUCUGAAUUGUCUUCAUCAGCUGAAGUACGUCAGAAAUUAGAAAGGAAGGUAAGUUAUCUCCAGAAUGAUAAUGCUUUACUUGAGAGCAAGCAAAAGGAGCUGAAUUGCACUAUACAAAGCCUUCUUCAAUCAAGGGAGCAAUUCGUUAAUGCUUAUCAGGAAUCAACUUAUGAUAUGAAACGCUCAAUUGAAGAAAGAGAUCGGAAGCUCAAGUUUCUCUCAGAGAAGUUGAAGUCACACUUGUUACUGUUUGAUGCUAUUGAAAAGGAGGCAUCAUCUGUAAAGCAAGUUGUUGAUGGUGUGCGGCAUGUUGUCAAUGAAAAAGAGGAAGUCGUAAACAGCUUAAAAAGAAAGUUAGACAGACUUCCUGAGGCCGAGAAGGUUCUUAUGGGAAAAAUAAAUGAAAUGGAAAAUAGGCUUGGGAAGUACAAUGAUGAGCUCCAGAGAAAAGAGAAGAUUAUUUCUGAGCUAGAAGCACAUAUUGAAGCACAAAGAAUUAGUAACAAAAAUCAAACACAAGUGGAAACUAUAUCCUUCUGAUCUAUGCAUUUUUAGAGCAACUUAAGUGAUUUCUUAAAUUCCUAUAUGUGAGCAAUCUCCAAAAUGUUAUGCUUUGACUACUGUCACCUUCAGAAAACUCUAUCAAAGAAGGAAGCUAUUAUACAAAAUUUAAUAUCAGAGAAGCAGGCUUUGGAUUCCGAACUAAAGAGUUUAGGUGUUGUCUUAGAGAAGAUCCAGCAUGCUUUCAGAGAUAUGAAUGAGGACAAAGAAGCAUUUCUCUCAAUAAUCGAAAGCAAGGAAAAAUUUUGUACGAUUCCCAUAGAGGAAAUGAGAAGGUCAAGCUCUGGAUUUCAUUGUCGUUCAUGAUCAGCAUCUGGAGAUUAUAUGACAUUUAUAGGCUUUCCUAAAUCCUACUAGAGUACGGGAAUACAGUCCAUACAUAUGUCAAAUUAGCAAUUUGGGGGUGGGGGGAAGGGCCGAAGGGGCUUCAAACUAAGGAAGUUGAAUUUUUGGCUUAAGAAUUUGUGGAUGUCCUUCCUUCCCUUUUUUAUUUCUUUUUGGACAAUAUGUGAUUAUUCUUAGUGAUCUACUGAUUCAUAUUUUUCAUAUUGAGCCUUCAGGACUGAAGAUUCUAAGGUUGGCACGAGGAAGGAUGCUGAAUCACUGCUUACUUCCGGAGGCUUUGCCGGUUGCACAGCAUCUUCACAACAUGAUCUGUGUGAUACAUACCCUUCCACAGAAAUUCAAGAAGCGAAUGUCCAGGAGUUCCAUGCAGAAGAGGCA